AUGCACUAUGUGGCUCCCUACCUUUUGGCUGUCCUUGGCAGCAAUGACUCCUCCAACUCCAAGGACCUGAAGAAGAUCCUAGACAGCAUCAGCAUUGAGACAAAUGAGGAGUGGCUCAAGGUCAUUGGCAAGUUCAGCAGCAAAAGCAUCGGGGACCUGAUCAGGCAGGGGAGCAGUAAGCUGGCCUCCAUGCCAAGGAGUGGUGGGGGUGGGGAGGGGGUUGUUGUGUCAGAAGAGUUCAAUGAUGAAGUAGGCUUUGGGCUCUUUUUCCUGAGCAUCCAUGUGGGGUGA